GGGACAGUAUCUGUUUAGAUUUGUGUCUAAAUUUAAACCCCGAUCCGGCCUCCCUCCCUGCUCCCCUCCAUUGCCCUCCCCUCCUCCUGCGUCCCUCGGUCCCUCCCUCCUCCUCCUCCUCCUUCCUCGUUCUCUGGCGCAGGGCCCCCGACCGGGACAGUCCCGCAGCCGAGUGCAGCCAGGCGCGCGCCGCCGCCCACUCGCCCUGUGCCGGCUGCAGUCCCAGAGUGGCCCCGGGCUGGGAGCGGAGGGGACAGCGGGGAUCGCGAGCUCCUGCCCGAGCGAGCGGGCGUCUCCGCCGCCGGAGGACUACCUGGAGGACAUGGAGGAAAGAGCCGCAGAGACUAACUCCAACGUGGACAGCUCAGCACAGCCUUCCGUGGCUCAGCUGGCUGGGCGGUUUCGGGAGCAAGCAGCUGUAGCCAGGGAGACACCAGCCAAUAGACCAGCCAGAAGGAGACCACCCUGCUCUCUCCCCCUGUUCCCCCCCAAGGUAGAGCUGGGCCAGAAUGGUGAGGAGAAAUCACCAUACAGCACCAGCCACCCACCUAAAAUCAAGGUGAAGAGCUCCCCUCUGAUUGAGAAGCUUCAGGCCAACUUAGCCUUUGACCCGGCAGCUCUUCUGCCCGGGGCUUCACCCAAAAGUCCUGGACUCAAGGCCAUAGUGUCACCAUUUCAUAGUCCCCCUUCCACACCCAGUAGCCCUGGCAUCCGGUCUCAGCCAGGUGAGGCAGAAGAGGUGCCUGUGAGUUUUGACCAGCCCCCGGAAGGCACUCACCUGCCCUCCUACACUAAGGUGCGGACAAGAGGCUCAAUUAAAAGACGUCCUCCCUCCCGGCGAUUCCGGCGGUCCCAGUCAGACUGUGGGGACCUUGGGGACUACAGGGCUGUGGAACCAUCUCAGGAAAAUGGUACCAGGGAAGAGAACGGGGAUGAUGUGUUCCCUGGCAAGAACAAGGCCCCCGGGUCUCCCCCACCCAACCAAGAGGCCUUGGGAGAUGGGGUGGAGGGACCCCUGGGGUCUGCAGAAAAGGCUCCUCGAAGGAGCAACAGCCUGGAGAAGCCAGAAGAGCGGGUCGGGACCCCAGAGGAGGCCAGUGCGGGAGACAAGGCCGGACAGAAUCCAGACACAGCUGGCCAGGGCGGUCUGGAGGCCCCAGAGCACCCCCAAACCUGCAGCGCAGAGGCUGAGAAAGGGACAGCAGCCGGAGAGCAUACAGACACUGAGAAGGCCACAGAAGGGACAGCCUCUGAGGAGAGUGUGGCAGAUGAAGAGGAGGGUUCCGGACAGAAAAGUGCAGAUGCCAAGACACCAGAGGCGGGAGCAGUCAGGGAGAAGGCCCCCCAAAGUUCUCCUGGAAGAGUAGAGGGCACCGUUGUCCCCGAGCUGGAGACCAAGCAAAAGGAGAGAGAAUCUCUGGAGCCAGGCUGCAGCCCAGGGGUCGACGGUGUCCCAGGAGAGACCAGCAAUGAGAUCCAGAAUGAUCACGAAGUCUCCACGGAUGACAUCCCCAUCGAGGACACUCGAAUGUGAGAGCCGGUGAUGAAGCCACCAGAGACAUCUCCUUGGAAAUGGCAGCAACAGCAGCAGCAGCAGCAGCAGCAGCAGCAGCAGCAGCAGCAGCGCAUGAAGGCACUGCAGAAGCAGAAUCCACUGGGAAUCUGGAGUCAGCCCAGGAUGCAGGGUGGACCAUCCCCUGUAGGCCGCAGCAAAUGUCUUCUCUUUGGAGAUUAGAGUUGACGGCGGUAGAGUUUUAUCAACUUCAGUGUGUGUCACUUGACGAACUUGACUCAAAGUAAAACAUAUUUAAAGCAGCGAUUUGCUGUGGUGACGAGCAACCCACUCCUCGGCAUUACUGGUCAUCCUCUUGACCCCCCACCUCUUCCUACAGCUGACCACCCGACUAGGCUCUGGUUCAGUUUCUGUAAAGUUACAGCCUUUUCCAUUGUUCUAAACUUUUUAUGGUUCUCAGAUGUAACUUAAAACUAACUUGAUGUAGACAGAGAAGAUCGUCUUGUGGAAAGUAAAAUCCUCUAAGUUGCAGAAGACCUAAAAGCAUAUCAAAGCCCUUAAGAUGAUCUUUCCACUUCCUCCAAGGGGGAGAGGGCCAACCAAUUUCAAAAACAUUAGACUCCAAGAGAUAUUUAUUAGAACAUUUCAAAGCUUGUUCCUGUCUGUUCCAAGGGCCGGCGCGUUUCUGGUCACGUAAUCUGGCUGAUAACAAGGGGUGGUAACUGGUCCUCUCCUCCCGUCCUACCACCCUCCCCCACCAGGAGGGGAUGGUGCAGGAACUCCUGUGGAGAGGCAGGAUGCUCAGCCAGGCUGCUUUGUGCUUCGUUUCCUCCCCUGAAGGUGCAACAGCAGUAUGCCUACGUGAUGAUGCAGGCAGGAUGGCAGUCUCCCACGGUUACACUUGAACACGGGCCGACCUCUGGGAGGUGCCUUUCGUACCCAGGGUUCAGCUUACCUUCUGAGAGCAUCCCUCUUGGCUUCUCUAGAAAGCUUGUGUUUGUUUGCUUUUGCUUUUUUUUUUUUUUUUUUUUUUUAAUCUCACCAUGUAGCCUUCAACUCACUAUAUAGCCCAGGCUGGUCUUGAACUGCCUCUGCCUCUGGAUUGUAGGCAGGCAUCACUAUGUCGGGUUCUCAGUAAGCAUUUCUCAAAGCCAAGGCCAGGUUCUUCUCCCGGACUCAGGAGGUCUGAAUUGGGGUCUUCGGUCUGUUUUUAUCAGGAACUUUUGCUUAGUGUUCUGUCUGGAGAUGAAGGAGGGUUUGUGGGCAUGGGAUCUGACUGUCCAUUCCCCUGCUCACCUCCACACCCCUCUUCAUGCACUCCUGCUGAAGAAAUGUUAAAUAAAUGAUAAAUCUUCAGGGUUGGUCCUUAUUCUGAGCUGACUAGUUCUAUACCUCAAGGUACAGACCUGCCUUCUAGAGGGAUGGUUUUCCCGGAAGUCCAUUAGACCACACCAACUCUGGCUCCAGAAAACGGUAUCACGGACUUAAAAAGGCCAAUGUCACUGGUGGUACCUCAGUUUUCUCAUCCAGUCUAUAGGUUUUCUGAUUCCAAGAUAGUGUUAAUAUGUGAGACACAUUAUGUUUCAAAAUAGUUUGUAAGUUGUAAUAAACUUGUGACCUGGUCAAGACUGGCAAUGUCAUCUACAUUAUAAACUUCGAACUUGAACGGAU